AUGCACGAUGGCACGAAUUCUUCAAUGCAGAGUUUCGUUAACUUUAACGGAGAAGAACUCUAUUAUGCUGAGUAUUAUGAUGAUUAUAAGAUGAAUCCAAAAAGGCUUGAGAACUACUCAACAAGGAAGGUCAACCUCAACUUUUCGGCACAUGUGCAGGGUAUUGGAUUAGUUGGUUCGAGUAAUGGAUUGAUUUGUUUAUCAGCCAAGAGAUCUUACCAUCUUAAGAAACUCCAGCUUAGUUUCGACGAACCGUCUUACAUCCGUAAUCCUAUUACUAAAGAAAUCAUAAAUCUUCCAGAAAUGAGGAUAUACAAGAAGAACAUCAAGGGGAGUGUUAACGUUGUGCAUGGAUUUGGAUAUCACCCUCUAACUAAUGAGUACAAGGUCAUUAGAGUUUCUUUUUUUGGAAGUGCAUACUGCAAGGGACAUGUCGAGGUUUAUACAUUUGGUAGCGGUAGCGGUAGCGGUUGGCGAUGUAAAGGAGAAACUGAUUUUGAUUUACGAUGCAACAAUGUGAAUAUUUGUGUAAAUGGGGCACUUCAUUGGCUUCAUGUGGGAUCGGAAAAUGUCGUCGCUUUUGAUUUGGCAAACGAGGAAUUCCAUUUGCUCCAGACAGAACCAACUGGCCGUAGCCUUCAUGUUAUCAGAGGAUGCUUAUGUCUUGUCGUUGAAUCUUGUUGCUCUGGAAUGUGGAGCUGGGACUUGUGGUUUCUAAAGAAGAAUGAAGAGGUGAGUAGUAGUAGUUACAAGUCUCCGUGUUGGAGUAAAGAUUACAUAAUCAUGAACGUGGAUUACUUAUUGGAUUACUCGAGAGGAAUCCUUCACUUAUUUGGUCUUUCAAAAGGGGGCAACAUUUUACUAACGAAUAAGUACCUUGGAUACGUCUUUAGUUAUGAUCUAGAAUCACAUAUUGCACAUAAUAUCUGGGGGUCUGAUAAAAUUUGCGAGGGAUGGGCCGUACCAAUACCACACAUAAACAGCUUUGUUUCGUUGAAAACACUUGGAGAGAAAAAUGUAGUCACAUUCGCCGGAGAAGGUGAUGGACUUAAAUCUCCAUGCUCAAGGAAGAGAAAGAGAUUACGCACUUAA